CAAAAGAGGCUUUCGCUAAAAGAAAUUCAGCAACACUCGAUUUUUAUUUAUCCAAUUUGAGAAAAUAUCGUACGUUGUUUACCGUAUAAUUCUACGGUUUCCCCAGUUUCCAGUGGUUUUCAUAAAUUUUAAGAGAAGUAACUGCCCUGCAGAUAAACAUCGACACAUUAGGGGCUGAACAACUGAAAGAGAUGGUAGAGGACUUGUGCUAAGCAAGCGUCAUGGAGGCCGCUGACGAGCUCAUGCUGACGUGGAGCAACCACCAGCCCACACUCAUGCAGGAGGUGGCCAAACUCCGCUACAUGGGCGGGUUCGCUGACGUAACACUAGCGUGCGAGGGGCAGCUCUACCGCGCGCACAAGUUCGUCCUCGCGAUGUCCAGCGAGUAUUUCAGGAAUAUCUUCAAUUGCUCGAAUGUAAGCAGUGGCAGCAGCAACUUGGUGAUUCUGCUGAAGGAUGUGCCUUGCGCGGCAGUUGAGCAGCUUUUAGACUUCAUGUACACCGGGGAGGUGGCCGUGGACCGAGCUUGUUUACCUGCACUUAUCAGAACCGCCGAGAAUCUUCAAAUUAAAGGCCUUGCUUUGUCUGACCGCCUCCCUGAUGAAGGCUUCAGAGAUACAGCGAGGCAUGCUGCUGAUAAAGCUAAGCCCUCGUACAGAGAAGAGACCUUGUAUAGUGACGAGUCAUCGUUAUUGCGUUCAUUCAAUGCCGGUGACAUGAGAAGCAACACAAGUCCCCACGAUAGCAGAACUAAUCGUGGUCACUCUAUAUUAUCUUCUAGAGAAGGCACGAGUCCGCCAAGCAAACGGAAACGUCUCCAUGAUCCUAGUAGGGGUGGUACAGAUUCCCCUACAUCUGGUGCAAUACCUCGUAGGUGUAGUGUAUCAUCUCCUAGCCUUGCGCCGAGUUCUACAGGUCUAGUCAGUGGUGCUCUGCCACACUCUCCCUCCAUCUCUGACCUGCCCAAAUCUACUUCGUCAUCCCAACACCACUCGCUAGAACCUCCAGAAGCAAAACCUUCUUCACCGCGUUUCCCUCACUCCCGGUCGGAAUCAUCCACUCCUCUUGCCGUCGCUUCAAAUACUCCGCUUCGUUUCGGACAGAGUUUCAUCCCUCUAGCCCCACCCUCAGCCUCUAGUUCCCUUGACUAUAAUUCCCCUGCUUCUAGUUCAUGUCAGACUCUGAUGUCAUCGUCCAGUGUAACUGUCACGUCAGCGUGCUCUCUGCCUGAAGAUGUCGAAAUCAAGAAAGAAGCGGACGAGCCUGGCACCUCCGACUUGAAGAAUGCAGCUGUCGAUCCCAGCAGUGGAGCUGCCGAGCUCAAAGAGGAGCCACCUGGAGAUGACAUGGACGUCAGCCACGCCCUGGUGCAUGGGGACGAGGACGGCUGGCUGGGAGCGGGGAGAGCGGAUGGGGCAGCGGCCCUCAUGGCGGACGCCUCUGAGGACGACUCUGCUGCCCUGAGCGACUCUGACAACCCUGGGGUGAUGUGUUGGCCAGAGUCUCAGGAGAAGAGGUACAGGUGCGAGUGGUGUGGCAAGAACUUUAGAUUGUCAGUUCAUCUUAAGGAUCACAUAAGGACUCACACUGGAGAGAAGCCCUACCAGUGCCUCAUAUGCAAGAAGAACUUCACGCAGCGCUCCAACUUACGCACGCAUCUAUCAAAAAUUCACAACGAGCAACUUGCAUACGUCAAGACCAGACGUGGAGGGAAGUGCGGUGCCACGAUGUUGAUGACUCUCGAGCCUGGCGCUAACAUCUCCACUGGAUCAUGUGCAGUCUCUGAUGCAGGCUCAGCUCCCGCGUCUUUGUAUGCCAAGGUCUUGCCAUCUGAAGUGUAUGCUUCAGACAACACCAGUGCUGCUGAUAACCCCGGGUACCGUGGAGACGGGCAGCAUAGUGAAGGCAACGCGACGCUGGCAAGGACUGUCAACACGGCCGAGAUUGGCAUUGAUUGUUCUCCUCAUGGUUCUGGAGAUGAUACAAGAAGUCACCACAACAGUGGAAGUUACAAUAAUCCCAGUGCCAAGAAAAAAAGAUCGCGACUAUAUCCCAACUGUGAAGAAGGGGAAACGACACCAGUAGUUCCAUUCUUAUCAAAGAAUACAUUAAAUUAUCUUUACUUGGAAGAUUCUCCGCAAGUGGAUCCCGUUAAAGAAGAAACAAAUAGGACACCGAUAAAAGAUGGUGAACAGCGUCAGCACCACUCCCUCGCUACACCACUCUCUCCUGUGCCUCUGUCUGACCCUCUGCUCAAGACACUCUUAUUAAAAGGUGGUCCUCAUGUCGCAGGCGCUACCAAUACUGUCUUAACUUUCGAAUCUUCCUUUAAUAAUGAACACAAGUCCAAAACUUCGACAAUCAUUACAGCCAAGGAAUCAAUUUCAUCGCCUGUAGCUCCCGCUGCAUCUGCUGCUGACGAAUCCAAGGUAUUGAGGAGCAGCGUAGACUCAAACGCUGAAACCGGAGUGAUCAUGGCCUCUGUUGGUCAGAUGAUGGGGAGUGAGAGUCCUGCAACGGUAAUUGCCAACGAAAAUACCACAAUCUCGGCUACAUUUGCGUUCGGCCAGUCUUCCUUGCCAACUCCCAUAGGAAAAGAUGGCAUGAAGUCGCUCAUUCUCAUGGAUGUCGCGAACAAGCCGCAACAAACUCUCUUCAAAUUUGCGCCUGGCUUCGUGAAGUCUGACGGCAAAGGCUUGUCUGAACAUGAAUCCUUCAUGGUGAUUGAGGCUUCAGGUGUCGUGCCCCAGUCGCCGGUGCCCAUCACCGUGUCCGUAGCCAACCAGCAGCCUCAGCAGCACAAUAUGGAGAUCCUCCUGCAGGCCAUUGAUAUGAAGGAGACGUCACCGUCGAGUUUGAAUAAACAAGUGAGUCAAAUGAUUCCCGUGAUGGGCACCUCUCCAGUCAACGUCAACUGCCGACCUCCGCUCAUACAAAAGUUAGCGUCAAGUGUUUCGUCGUUGUCGCCACUUUCGCCCGCCAUAAGCUCUUCAAUAUUCUCUACCUUCGCGAUUCAAAGAAACAACAAUCAGAAUUCAUUUUCUAGCCCUCCUACACUCAUAUCUUCAACUAUGCUUCCCCCAAUACCAGGGAGCAAAAUCUCUGCUGCUACCCUGAACCUUCCCAUAUACUCCUUAUCUUCUUCCGCCCCGACAACGCUUCUCUCGCAUGUUUCUUCUCCUCUAAUGCACUUGUCUCCAGCAGCCACUUCUACCUCUUCCAUGCACCCUGCUGUGUUCCUCAGCCCCUCCACAUCCAUCGGUAGCAUAGCGGCGCCAGCUUCUCCUUUGCUAGCUUCUACGUCUGUUAUCGACACCCAGAGUGGGUCGUCUCCCCCCUUGCUGGUGCCCCCUGUGCUGGCCCUGCCCACCCCAUCGGGACUCCACACACCCACGAGCGCCGCUGACGCCAUGCAGCGCCGCAUGUCGUUGGUGAGGAAGGACAUGGAACAGCAACAGUUGCAGCACCAACAUCGUGUCACUAAACUUGGCAGCAGUAAUGAAGUGGACUCUUCUUCAGACUCCUCCAUGCGGUCGGGCACAAGUGGAGCAGGUCGCGGUAGAGACUUGAGUUCAAAUGCAGGCAUAGCGUCUCCUCGACUCCGGAGUCGCAUGUCGCCUGCCACGAGCGAGGAGGUAUCGCCUGCUGGCACUGCAAGCAGCGCUGCCAACAGCGUCUGCAACACAGCUAUACUGCAGCCUGUGCUCAGCUUUUCACCUCAGAUGCAGCCUAGUGUCGGACCUCAACAACAACAAAUUCUUUUGCCACACGUGCAAGCUGUGAAACACAAGCAAUAUCAACCUCGUACGGUGCACAUGCAGAAGCAAGGAACUGGACAAAUACUGCACCAUCAACAGAAACAACUUCAUAUACUGCCUCAACAGCAACCUACGUCGACGACGUCUCCCUCGUCCACUGCCGCCCAGAGCCGCGACCGAGCUCGUCCUCAACUCCAACAACAUCUGGUGGCUGCUACCUCACUAAGUCCUCUGAGCUUAGUAAAAGAGCGCUUAGUGACUCCAGUUAUCAUGGACACGAGUUGCUCAGCAACUAGCGGCACGAAUAACGGAGGUGGUGUCAUGUCUAACAACAACGUGCAUGGCUCAACGAGCAGCCCUUCAGGCGACGUUAACAAGCGACUUGACACUUCCACCUCAUGAGUGAGCUUUUGCUGCUGCCCGCGUAGUGUUUUCGAAUCUAAAUAAGUUACUCGUUGAUAGUGGGAUUAUGCAAGUGUUGAUCGAAAUUACCAUCUAAUUCGGCAAAUAAUAAACACGAUAACACGCUCCUUGUUAUUUCUUCGUUGUUGUAUCAGCAGUAAGUUAUAUACUCAUGGAACUAUCCUACAGUAAGGAUAUUUGGUCCCUAGCUUCACUACGGUCAUAUUUUGUCCGUGUUCUGAGUCUCCUCCUGCUGUCCGUGAUGCAACGUGUGUUAGGGGACAUUGGCGUGAAUUUUUUUGCGUCUGCUCAUCACCGAUGAUUCUGCAAUAUUGUCGACAGUAGUAGAUUUAUGGUAAUCAAUUGUUCAGGACUAUGUUUUAAAUUACGUCUCUUUUAAUUUGUUAGUACAAUUUAAUAGUUAAUUUAAAAUUGAGUGCACCAAGUCAUCCUCCCCUUUCGGGCAUCCGUUACUUCUAAUUCCUGGUGCUGCGAGUACAUUCAUGCUUGUCUUUCGGAAGAAAUUUGGUAAAAUUUUAUCCUUUAUAGGUUUUUUACGACAUGAAUUAGCGCGUAGCAUCCAGCGAAACAAUCAAGCUUUGAUCUGCCACAUCGAAUUUUUUUUAACAGAACAUUUACUUUUGACAUUUACGUGCAGUUAUCGACUGCAAAAACCGAUGCAAAACCGUUUACUAGGUUUCUAUGCUGUAAUGCGAUAUUUUGUUGGCAUGUUCUCUUCAUAAUUAUUAUUACAUUUAAUUUUACUGAUUAAUGAGGUUUCUCAAAUCAGAUCAAUGAUCUUCACAAUUAAUUUUAAAAUUUGAUGUUUUGUGGGAUAUGAGACAGGAUUUCCUUGGUGUCCAGUUUGCAUUAAAAAAUCUUAUUGGAGCAUGGGGUUUAAGUGAAACAAUUUACAAACGGAUCUUACAAAUCAUGGGAUGAGAGCGACUCGGAGAAAGUGGUCGGCUCACCAGACUUCUACUUUUUCCGUAAGCUGUCCCACGACCGUGUAUACGCUCUUACUUAGUUCUUCAGCAGUUACAAGCUGCUCAGUAAUUUAAAUCAAUGGCAAAACUUAGCAAUGUUUAGCUCUAUGUAUUCACUUGCUGAUCAUGUAUCAUUUUUGUAGCAUUUUAGGGUGUAUCAUAUAUUGCUGUUGUUGUUGCUUCUCAUAUUUCUUAAGAAUGUUUAGUAAAGUCUAGAUUUAUGUUGUAUGUGCCAUAUACGCUGGGAGGUCGAACGCAUGCGCAGUUGACUCUAUCUUAAGCGUCGACGCAAAACUACACAAAUUUUUCAUCAUAUCACACUACAGGUUAUUAACUAAAUCAACCCAUCGUAGUAAUCUAAAUAUCCUCGUGCAAAAUACGAUCGCAGCAAGAAUUUUGGUGAUGCAAACUAGUGUGAUCAUUUGCCAUCGUAAGCUAAACAAAGAAAUCUACGCUUCUCUGUCUCGGAUAGUUACACCGUAGCUAUUUAGUUGUUGAAAAUCGUUAGAAACACCACUGUAAAUAAUGAAUUACUAAAAUUUUUCUUCAAUUGACCUUUUUCUUCCAAUUUUUGUCCUCGACUUUGUUUAGUCGAAACGAUGACGAUUUGCUAUUGUCGAUUAUCACUGUACAUAAAUGGCCUUCGAUGAUCACACGGUGAUUCGCAAGAGAAUGUUCGCGUCGAAAUAUAAUGCAUUAGGAAACACAAAUACGCCUGCCUUCUUAAAUGUUUCAAUUAUCUACAAACCAUACAAAUUUGGUUCACAAACUUUGACAUCGAUUGCGUCGGCUCUCUUUCCCUUUGAACUCAACAAAGUUGAAAAUUGAAGACCUGCGAGGAAGAAGUUUCGUUAACAUUUCACUAGCCGUUCUCGGAUGUCCGGCAUCAUCAGGCAUAAAUUAAUGAGCUCCAAAUACCAGGUUGAAAUCGACAAGUUAUUUGUAUUAAAAUAAUCAGGCGUGUAGGCAUGUGGAUGUACCAGUUUUUGUGAAGUUCUAAUGAAAAAUGUUGGUCCUGUCAUCUGCAGCGCUCGUCUUGUUCAUUUGAAUGCUAUCUUUCUAUUCGAUACAAUUACUAGUGAUUGCAUGGAACUGAAGGUUUGUCAGAAUUUAGGGGUCGAUCAAAUCAACAGGCAUUCCUUCAAUCGAAAGAAAUUCGUCAAUCCUCAAGAAUAGCGUACGGAUGCUUUAUUGAACGCCUAUAGGGCGUCUAAGGGCGAGGGUUCCUAGUAUACAAGUGCUUUAGAUUCGAAUAAUUCAACGGUUCACAGCUUUGAAUCAAGUGGUAUGAGUUACACCAUGGACAGGAACUCCAUAUUAGAGUGAAGUUGAUUAUAUCAACGUUGGCAGUGUUGGAAACCGGCGAUGUAAGCGAAAAUGUUGAGAUAUUUGUCUAUUCAUGAUGCUGGGUGCGCUCUUUCAUUGAUGUUUAAAUGUAAUUAAAGCAUAUACAAGGCCGCGACUCCGGUAAAACAACAAUUGGCAGUUGAGGUUGAGAAUUUCGAAAACUGACAGCACUUGUGUUGCAAACUGGUCACGUUUGCAAUUAAGGUGGCGAUGCUUACGUCACAGAAAACUUUCGCGUCAUCUUCUAAUUCUUCUCAAAGUUUUAUCGCUCGCGGGAAAUUAUUUCCAAGUUCAUACUUUGUUUGCUAAGCCAUGUCAACCAAGUUAUUCUCCAAAAAGUCGGUUACUCUGCGUGCUCAUAAGCGGGCAUCUAACAUUAUGCAUUUGAUUGGCGCCCUCCUAUAGAGCAUGUCUGUUGUUUUGUUACGACCUCUGUGUUCACCGUCUCGUGCAGUCCUGCAUUGUGAUAGAAAGUGCGCAGUGGAUCGUGCAUACCUUAUCCUCGCCAGUCAAUGACCGUAUGAAUUUAUAACCUUGGUUUUGAAAAUUUAGGUUUCGAUUCCAUUUAAUAACAAUCUGACUUCAGUUUUCGAAUCAUGCGAAUGUAUUUGCUAUGAUAAUGUACAUUUAACUUGUUACAUCCAUAUAUCAUAAUAUCUUCUGACAAUGAAAGGCUUCUUUAAAAACAACUAAAAUUAUUGGUGCUAGAGUCGGCCGAUAAAUGGGAUACUAAUGGAGAUAUGUAUCAUUUAUGAGGGUUGUUACAAGCGACAUUACUCCUUAAAUGAUUUAUUCAACAAUAAUAGAUUACACCCGUAUCAAAAUAUAUUUUGACUAAUUUAUGUGGAUAAUUUUCUGGAUUCAAAGAAAUACUUGGGGGAGCUUCAAUAAUUGUAACGUUUUCAUCCUAACAAAGCUGUUAUGGUUCUUAGUUGCUAUAGUUAAGUUGGAUUGUUAGAUAAAAUAUUAGCUUGAGUUAAGUUCCGUGUUUAUUUACCACUAAGUUGUCACGAUAUAUUGCCUUGUCAAUUCAUGUGCAUUUGGCUAACAUUUACGCAUUCAUCAAGGCUGCCGUGACGUGUUCUCUUCGAAUGUACCUCUAAUUUCGUUGCAAUUUUCACUCUUUAUAACAUUGCUAAUAUUUAGGCGCGUGAAUUUCUAAGGACGCGUACUGGAGUGGCGAGAAUCACGGUCAUUUGCUCUGUGCAUGAGCAAAAUUCGGCCCAAUAUUAAAUAAACUGGACUUUGAAA